ACUCACACGUUUGUUGAUGUUUUGAAAUGCCUCUCUCUCUAACCUGACAGCUCCUGUACGUCUUUAGUUGCGCUGUAUUUACACGCCGGGUACUCGGCAAGAUGUUGACGGCGGAGAAUUUCACGCAUUUCCCGCUCCAGAUGUGGGACAAGGUGCUGUCCAAGGUAAAGAAAGCUGUUGUGUUUAUGGAUGACAGGUGUGCGGAGAGUCUCCACUGGUGCGGCGGAGCCGCUGCUUUAUUCGAGGCUGGAGCCCGCAACCUGAAGCAGUUCUCCAGCUUCGAAGCCUGCGGGGAGAACGAACCAAAGGCUGUGUUUGUGGUGAGCACCUUGCUUAAAGGCAGAACGAUCGACAUUAUGAAAGACAUCAUAUCUCUGAGUCACUUCAAGUACUGCGUCGUGUUCACCAGCGUGGCCCACUCGGUGCACCUGCUCGCCAACAGCGUCACGGCGGAGCUGGAGGGGAGCCCCGUGUUCGAGCAGUUUGAGGAGAAGCUCUGCGAGUGGAUGGGAGACAUGAACUACACGGCGGAGGUCUUGCACGUCCCGGUAGUCUUCGCCCCCGUGUCGCAGCAACUCCUCCUCACGCCCGCCUUCGCCCACCUUUUCCCCCUACUCUCGCCUGAUUUAGAGUCAAUCAACGCGAAGCGGCCGGAGAAGAAGCGGUUCGGCAGCUUGGUGGACGUAGACACACACUCUCUCCCUCCCGAGCUCCAAAUUGAAGUCAAAUCCCUGGCGUCAGCUCUCAAUUGUAUGUUUGAGGCCACCGGCACCAGGGAGGAGAGCUUUGCUGUGGGGCCCAUGAGCCGCAUCAUCGCAGGGGAGCUGGCCAAUCACCCGCAAGCAAAGAACCGCAGGAAGACCGCCCCGCAUAAAGCCUCAGUCAUCUUUGUGGACAGAACCAUGGAUCUGACAGGAGCUGUUGGUCACCAUGGCGACAACCUGGUGGAGAAGAUUUUAACCGUGCUGAAACCUUUACCUUGUCAUGUGACCGACGUUCAGGUGGACAUGCUGGAGCUCACAAGUCUGCAGCGCUGCCCGGAUGCCCAGACCACGCUGGCCCCUGGCUGUCUGGCACAGACCCCGUCAUCCACAGCUCGGUCACUGUGGGAGACCAUGCUGACCAGCAAGCAGAAGGAGGGGGUGAUGGAGGUGCGGAGGCAACUAGUAGAAGCAGCCAGCAAGGAGAACCUGCCAAUCAAGAUGAGCAUGGGCCGGGUGACCCCUGAGCAGCUGUGCUCCUAUGUGCAGCUGUUCCGGAGCAGUUGGGGGGCGCUAGAGAGUCACUGUGGGGUUCUCCAGCUGGCCCUGGCCACUGCCCAGACCCUCCGCCACACCGGCCUGCCCCGCUGGGACGCCUGUCUGGCCUUUGAGAGGCUGCUGCUGCAGGCGCUCGGAGACUCUGACUUCCCUGCUGUGCUGAGUCAGCUGCUGCCCCUGAUGAAGCCGGGGUCAAGGUCACAGGAGGAGUGCGGUCCUGACGAGCUGAUCCUCCUGCUGGUCUACCUGUACUCCCUGGCCGAGGAGACACGGCCUGCAGACCAAGAUGAGGAGGACGAGGAGCUGCAGAGGCUGGAGGGCGAGCUGAUCGGAGCGCUCACCCUGCUCAUUACCCAGGAGACAGAACUCAGCCCCCUGCUCCAGAAACUCACCGGUUGUGCCAGCCCUGAGGAGCUUACCAUGGAGCGAGCCCACACUGCUGUGGAGGGGAUGUUCGAGACCCUGCGAGGCUUAAGCCACGCCAGAGAACAUCUCAAGCAGCUGCGCUCCGUCUACACUGCCAGUGAUGGAGUUCACCAGGCGACGUACCGUCCUUUCCUGCGGCAGAUCCUGGAGGAAGUCUUCCACCCGGACAGACCUGAAUGUCCCGACAUAGAGCACAUGUCCGGAGGCCUCACCGACCUGCUCAAGACCGGCUUCAGCAUGUUCAUGAAGGUGAGUCGUCCACACCCCAGCGACAACCCGCUGCUCUUCCUCUUCUUGGUGGGCGGAGUCACACCCUCAGAGCUUCGACUCAUCAAAGAGAUUGUGUCCAAUCAGAAACCAGGGACCCAGGUGCUGGUUCUCUCCACCAGGUUGCUGAGACCAUCGGAUAUUCCCGAGCUGCUCUUCACCACCCAAAGAUUGAUGCCCGAUAUUGGUGUCUGAGCACGACACGUGGAAACACACAAUCAUGGCCACGUGCACACACACACACACACACAGACAUACACUCAUUACACAUAUGCCAUCGCCUUGAAGAGUGUGAAUAAUGAGUAAUGAGUGAUGAGUAAUGCUCUGGUUGAGGCUCGGAGAGACUGGGAAUACACAAGUUCAGAGACACUUAACAUUUUAGAAACAUUCCAACAGUGUGUGCAUUCUUCAUUUGUUUUGAUUGAUUGGUUUCAUUUCUUUUCCUCUAAACAUGAACUGUAAAGUUAAUAUAUCAAAGCAAAUAUUUGGAAUAUUUUUGCCGGAAGCCAUCUCAUUAGGUUAUGUCUCCCUUGUGCUGCCAAAUACAUCUCGGAAGUCAAACGUGGAAUUGCUAGUGAGGAGGAGGUGUGGCUAUGCAAGAUCAUUAUGUCUGAGUUGCAUUUUGUGUUAAAUGUUCAUUCAAAAAAGUAUAUAGAAAUAAAAUAAACUCUCACUUUUCAGACUUA